GAAAUGCAUAAAUUGUCGUGUUUCGAUGAGGACAUAAAGGAACUCAAUCUGUUCGAGCCGUAUCAGGACACAGAGGCUGAGGAACAUCUGCCGUGUGGACCGCUGGACCGGCUGGUUAGUACAUUGCCUAUGGAUGUUGACGACGACGACACUGAAGGUAUCGUCGGUUACGAUGUUCUGGUCAACGAUAUUGGUCGCCUUCAAGCGAGCAAUGAAUUGCACAAAGGUACAGGCCCCCGAAAAUCUGGUAACGGACGCAUUGGAAGAACUGAAAAUGCAAGGAAACAUAAUGAAUGGACGUAUUAACAUGACUGUAAAUUUACAGAAACUAA